GGAAGCGGGCGGCGGCCCCUUGCCUCAUGUUCUCCACGGUCCGGCCGCCGUGGCGCAGCAGGCAGACGGCCGAGGCCAGCGCCGAGGCGGACAAGCAGAGCGCGCAGUACAGGCUGAUCUUGGCGUAGAACUUGGCCGUGCGGCUCAGCUGCACCAGCAGCAGCAGCAGCAGCAGCGCCGCGCUCAGCCACGGCCAGAGCUCCAUGCCCGCGGCCGCCCGGGACGGGCGCCCCGGCAGCGGCGCGCUGCGAGCCCCGACGGGCGCGGCGGUGGCGGCGGCUACCCGGGCGCGGGCCGAGCUGCCCGCCGCGCCCCGCCCGCUCCCCUUAUUGCGAGGGCGCAGGGGCGGGGCGGGCGGCCCGGGGAGGGGAGCGGCGCGCGCGCGGCAGCUAGGUGCGGCCCGCCCCCGCCCGCUGUCGCCGGGCCCCGCCCCCGGGCCGCCCCGCCCCGCCCCGCGACACUCCGGGCACCCCCACCCCGGAGCGCCGGCGCCACUGCCCGCCACCCCGAGGUGCUCCCCGAGCUUGGGAGCUGGGCGUCGCCAGGCCCCGUGGGGCUUCCGUCUGGGCUCGUCGGAGCGGUCGGGGCACUGCUGGGACUCAGAGGCUUGGAGAGAACCUUCUAGGCUGGUGGAGAUGCUGAGAAGAGAGGUGCUGCAAGUCAGUGAUUCUCAACUAAGUGGGGAUGGCUCGGGUCCUACUGAAGUUUAUCCCAAGAGUGCGGAGGAAAGAAGGGGAUUGCAGGUUUGAAGGGGCAGGGGCAUGCGUGUCCUGCCUGGUGCCUCCAGGGUGCCCCCACCCCAGCCCUGCCGCUACGGGGGGCACUGGAGUGGGUUCGAUGCUGAGUGCACCCCAGGCCCGAGAUUUGGGGCAGUGGCAGGAGGGUCUCUUGGCCAAGAGCCCCCCCAGGUACCUGCUGGGACCCAGCCGAAGGGCACAUGACUCCCAGCUGGUAAAGUGGAAUUCCCGGGGAGGGGUCCGGCCGGGGAGAUGGCCAGCUGGUGGGGGCGGCUGGGGUUUGGGAAGCUGGACGCCUGAGGGGCUACCAGCCCGCGGCCUGGCCCCUUCCACUGUCAGACAGCCUCUUGUCUUUGGGUGUCUCUGGGUUGGGUGGGGUGUCUGGAGGGAGGGGCCGGGCAGUUUCCAGAAGAAAGAGAUAACUUGUGCUUUGCACUCCCUUUCUGCCCACCGUUGCCCUCGCCGGGAGUAGCAGGGGUGGGAGGCUCAGGCUUUGAAAUUCGGAAGUUAGCCCACAUGCCAGAGCCUCAAUUUGCCCGUCUGUAAAAGGGGGAUGCUUGUCUCAGCUGAGACAAGCUGAGAAGAUCUUUCAGGGCUGAGAAGAAAUGAACUGGUGCCUGGUCCACUGCAGCUCCCAGAGGCGGGCAAGGUGAAGAAGUUGGGGAGCUGGGGAUUCUGAGCCUUGGGAGCUGCUCAGUGUCUCAAGCAAUCUGCUGGGGGUGGGGGGUUCCCUGUGAGCCCUCCGGGUGAGCAUGCCCAGGAGAAGACAGAACCAGGCCUGUGGACGGGACGGGCUUCGCUUGGGGAGGGUGGCGGACCCUGGGGGUUGAGAGGAGCCUGGGUCAGGCCCCCCAGCUCUCGUGGGCAGCGCUCUGCCUGGGCCUGCAUGUCUCUGGGCCUCUUUCGGGUGUGCCACCAGGCCACCAGGCCACAG